AUGGUGACUGUAGCUCGUGCGAAUCGGAAACCAGCUCGAUCGAAGGCUUCUACAAGUUCCGUUGUUCGAAGAUCAACCAGAUCCAUCUUCGAUGUCAACGUCUCUCCUCCGAUCUCACCACCAGUGACCGAUUCUCAGGUUUCUGGGGUCUGGCGAGUUGUUGCAUCACCAGCGAUCGUUGAUCCGUCUCACUCACCCUUCUUCCUUCAUAGUGCAGAUCAUCCAGGUUUGAACAUCAUUUCUCUUUGUUUAGAUGAAACGAACUAUGAUGAUUGGAGUUAUGUGAUGCGUAUUUCACUGGAUGCAAAGAAUAAGCUGAAGUUUAUUGAUGGUUCUUUGCCUAGGCCUCUAGUUACGGAUCCAAAUUUUGAUAUGUGGUCUAGAUGCAAUAGUAUGGUCAAAGCUUGGUUGCUUAAUGCUGUCUCUCCUCAGAUUUAUUGUAGUAUACUACGUAUGAAUGAUGCUACUGAUAUAUGGCGUGAUCUCUACGGUCGUUACCACUUGACCAAUCUCCCACGCACAUAUAAUCUUACUCAGGAGAUUCAGGAUCUGCAGGAACCGGAUGAUCCUUGUGUGUGUGGUAAAGCUGCUCGUAUAUAUUUGAAGGCAGAGAGAGCUAAAAUAGUUAAGUUCUUGGCUGGUUUGAAUGAGUCUUAUGCUAUUGUUCGCAGACAGAUUAUUGCCAAGAAAGCUCUUCCUCCACUUGUUGAAGUUUACAAGAUUUUGGAUCAGGAUGAUAGUCAGAAAGGUUUCACUACUGUCACUCCUCCUACGGCUUUUCAAGUGUCUCAAUCACCGUUGGCUCAUGCUCUCUCUCCUACUCUUGAUAUAUUGUAUGUUCAGAAUGGUCCAAACAAGGGUAGACCAAUUUGUUCUUUUUGUAACAGAGUGGGACAUAUUGCAGAGCGUUGUUACCGUAAGCAUGGUUUUCCACCAGGAUUCACUCCAAAAGGGAAGUUUGGUGAGAAAACUCAGAAACCACAAGGUGUCCAACCUGUGGCAGCACAAGUUUCUUUGUCUCCUAUGCCUGAGAAACAAUCGAUUGAAGGCAUCAUUGGUAAUCUCUCUAAAGACCAACUCGAGAACAUCAUUGCUCUUUUCAGUUCACAGCUUCAAUCCACGGCUCCAGUUGUCACUCCAGCUGAAGCAACGGUUUCUAAACACGUUUUGUCAAAUGACACAUGGGUGAUUGAUUCUGGUGCAACUCACCAUGUGUCACAUGAGAAAGAUGUUUUUGUCUCUUUGGAUGCCUCUGUUGAGAGUUUUGUGAAUAUGCCAAAUGGUCAGCAUAUUAAGAUCAGUGGAGUAGGCAUGGAUAGGUUGAACAAGGACAUUCUUCUCACAAAUGUCCUGUUCACUCCUGAGUUCCGUUUAAGCUUGAUCAGUAUCAGUUCGUUAACAUCUGAUCUUGGUUCUAGAGUGAUCUUUGAUCCCACUUGUUGUGAAAUACAUGAUCCUACCAAGGGGGUGAUGAUUGGUAAAGGUCGUCGUAUUGGCAAACUCUAUGUCUAUGCAGUGGUGGAUGUCAGUGUAUGGCACAAGAAGCUUGGUCAUCCUUCUUACACAAGACUGGAUGUUAUCUCUGAAGCUUUGGGAACUACUGGACACAAGAAUAAGAAGCCUGCUUAUUGCCAUAUUUGUCAUCUGGCUAAGCAGAGGAAGUUACCUUUUCAAUCUGAAAACAACAUUUGUAAUGAGAAUUUUCAGUUGUUACAUAUUGAUGUCUGGGGACCUUUUUCAAUGGAAACAGUUGAAGGAUAUAGAUAUUUUUUAACUAUAGUUGAUGAUCACUCCAGAGCAACAUGGGUUUAUUUACUCAAGAACAAAAGUGAUGUUCUAACCGUGUUCCCUGCUCUCAUCAAAUUAGUAGAAACACAGUACAGUUGCAAAGUGAAGAGUGUUAGAUCAAUAAUGCAAAAGAGCUUCAGUUCACUAAAUUUUAUCAGGAUCAAGGAAUCAUUCCAUAUCACUUUUGCCCAGAAACUCCUGAACAAAACUCAAUGGUGGAACGUAACAUCAGCACAUACUGAAUGUAGCAAGAUCUUUGUUCUUCCAGUCGAAUGUGCCAUUGACUCUUUGGGGGGAUUGCAUUUUGACUGCGGUUUUUCUGAUCAACCAGACACCGUCUCAGUUGCUUUCAAAUAA